CUGCACAGAUGGGACAAGGACACCUCGAAAUAUAAAGUGGUCGAAUCGAUUGAACCGGAAGUGGACGACUUUAGUGGAUACGUAUUUGUCGUUCGCGAACAUAUCGAUUCCAAAUCCAAAAAGUCCACUACGUACAUCGACGUAAAGUCCGAGAUCCUGCGCGAUAUCCUGCGAGAGGUGUUGGAGAAUGUCAAGACAGUCAGUGUGAUGGAAGCCAAGCCAUCGAUCGAGCAGGUCGUCCUGUUUCAUUUCCUGCCGGAGCUCAAGAGCCACUCAGAAGGCGUUGAGCACCUACGCCUCCUGGUCGACCACAUCGAUGAAGCUUAUGCAGCGAUCGUGGAACGGCUUACUCCAUUGUUGCAGCGCAGGGAGAUCACUUACGAUCUUCUUGAGCUUCUUUUCAAACCUGGAUGCCAUCUGUACACAAAGUGCUUAGGGACUGGAAAGUCUCGAUGUAUAGUUUUCGACGCUGCAGAAGAGACUACCCGGAAAGACGUCACGCAUCUCAAACUCGAAUGUCAUUAUCUCGACCACGAUGAUCAUGAAUUUGGGGAAGUAGGGAUCGAGCUGGGCAUUGUCAAGUUUCGUGGACGAAAACCGAUUCACACCCUUGAGGUAUUUCCACUCCAAUACCAUCCGGACUGCGAAGGGAUCACUCAAAACCUGGUUGAACGCGGUCGCAAGCUAAGCCAAUUCAUUGGACGCUCCAGCACGAGUGUCCUGAUCCAACACUGCAAGGGCAUGGCCUUUAUCAUGAAGGAUGGGAAGCCGCUGGCAUUGAAUAUCGACAGUCGCGUGGCAGUCGAUGCAGCCUUGUUUCGUGAGAUGAUGCCGAACUACCGUCGCCCACGGGUCUCCGACUGCUGGGAAGACCAUUCGACCAUCCGCACCAUUUCUUUCAGUGAGGAAGAACGGCGGGCCGAGCUCGAAAAAUUCAAGGCCAAUGGAAAGGACCCACGUGCAAUCACUGAGGAGGAGUGUCUCAUAUGUUGUCCGACGGUUCGGUGCUUCAGCUUCACUGACAAGAUCUUUGUGGAGUGUGCUGUCGGGGAUUUGGCAGAUGUUCAAUGGUCCCCUGCCUCAUUUGACCGCUUGCAAAUUCCCAAUGACACGAAAGAAAUCCUUCUCUCAGUUACUACCGCUCGCUUGUCCGGCAACAAAGACGUAGUCUUUGAUGAUUUUAUCAAAGGAAAGGGCCGAGGGCUCAACGUCCUCUUCUACGGUGUGCCCGGAGUCGGGAAGACAUUCACGGUCGAGGCGACAGCCGAGCGAUUCCAGACACCUCUCUAUUCGGUUUCGGCAGGCGAUUUAAUUGCGGACCAUGGCGAUCCCCUGCAACUAGAUAUGACCCUCGAUCGGAUCUUUAAAAUUGCCAAACGCCUCAACACCAUCCUUCUGGUCGAUGAAGCCGAUGUGUUUAUGGAGAAGCGCGCAUCGUACCAGGGGAGCCACAACCGUUUAGUGACCGUCUUCCUUCGGAAACUUGAAUACUACGAAGGCGUCCUCUUUCUGACCACCAACCGCGUGAUGGAGUUUGACGAGGCCGUUCUGAGCCGCAUCCACCUGAAGAUCAAGUAUCCAGAAUUGACGCAGAACGCGCGACGGAACAUCUGGGAAAGCUUCCUUUCAGAGGCUCGAACCCUUCAAGGACCCUCCACCGUCGACCCUAGCGAAAUCGAACAUCUAGCAUCGAUGAAAUUGAACGGCCGAGAGGCGAGUCACAAUACCUCGAGUCUUCGACUCCCAUUGGCUUCGGUCGAGAAUACACAAGUGACCUUCAAGCACUUGGUGAAGGCGACGAAGGCGAAUGAUAAAUUCGUCGGGGAGUUCAAGAACUCCGGUCGGAUGCAGGGCAUGUAUACAUGA